AAAAAGGUAUUGAGCAGCAGGAAGGAAUCAUGCCCAAAGAUGGUGCCGGAGAAAUCGACGGUGUCAAAUGUAUUCGGGUCGAGGGCGUUCGAGCGGUACCGUGAAGACCUGACGCUGAUGGAGGCGGCGUCGCGAAACGAGGAGGCGGAGAACGCAUUUGCCGGACUGGUGAAGCAGUCGACGGCGGCGCUGCUGAACUCAUACGCCAGAAAAGGAUACCCUUACGCCGCCUGGGAAGUGAAGACACUGCUCAUCCGGGCUAUGGUUUCUGAAAAGGCGGCGGCUUUUCAAGCCCACCAAUUUCUCCUAGCCAAUCAGAAUUGUACUUGAAUAUUUAUCUAUCAAUUUAGCUUUUUCAUUUUGUGGAUAUACUAUGAAACAAAUUACUGUGUUUUUUUUUUUUAUGGUUUUUGGAAUUAAUUAAUGUUGAAACUUGA